AUGAUUUCUUUUGCAGUCCUGUCGGGUGCUCUUUCAAUCACAAAUGGAACUCUUUCUUUAGGUCGAUUUGCCUUGAAGUUUAAAGACGUCGAUUCCGACACGAGGACAUGUGUUCUCCUUCUCAAACGUGUCAACAAAGACAUCGCUGCCGCCGAAGAACUCUGCAAGCUUCUUGAUUCCAAGAAGAUCUGGCGAAGCACACAAUUCAAGCGAGUAGUAGAUAUUAUCAGCGAUACGAGACAAGCCUCAUUAGAGCUUCCAAAGCUCAUACAAGUUUCCAAAAUGAAGCCGCUGACGGUCAAAAAUCGCAUCCGCUGGGUUAUGAUGGAUAAAGAAUCAUUUUUGAACCGAGAAAGGAGGCUAAACUAUUGUCAUCAAUCUUUACUUCAAAUCAUCGGUACAAUGGAGCACGCGCUGUUCACCUGGAAUCCACCAUCGUCCACAGACAUUACCUCAGCAAAGAACCACAGUCGAUGGCAAGAACCAAGUCAGAAAAUCUUUCAUCAGGGUGAGUAG